ACGCAAACGACGCAUUCUGGGGAUUGAGCCACCUGUACUUUUACUUUCGCCAGACCACCUUUAAUUGUCUUGGCAGUGUGCACAUAAUUGGCGAUGAACUUUCUGGAUACGUAUGAUAUCCCCGAGCCAGCGACAACGCCCGGAACGGGAACAUCUGGCCCGGAGCCCACGUUGAACGAGGAGGUGUCGCAGGUCGUUGGUCAGUUGGGGCGGCUAUGGGGUGGCUUCAGGAAGCAGAGCCAAAGUGUCUUCGAAACUGCACGCAAAGAGGUCGGCCAAGUGGUCUCGCAAGCGCAAAAGGAGCUCACAAAGCUCAACAUAGAGCCAAAACCGCAGGAACAAAGUGAACCCCCUGUCUCCGAGAAACCUACAGAAGAAACAGCUCCGGAAGCCGGGCUGUCGUCCAGCGGAUUAGAGCCAGCAGACAACGACGAUCCUGUCACCCCCACUGCUCCGCAUCAUCGUGGCACCUCCGUCUCCCUCGCCGCCUCGAACCUCUUCUCCAAGCUCCAGGCCACACUUCCAUCAGACAUUGCAUCCACUGUCCAGGCCAGGCUUCCCGACGCGAUAACACAGGGUGCGGGGUCGGUUGACUUUACGCAGCUGCGCACGACGCUCGCGACGGAGUUUCAACGCGUGCAGGGGAUCACGCGCGCACAGGCCGAAGAGUACGUGCACAAAAGCGAAGAGCUGCUACGCGAUGCCAGCGAGUUCCUGAAGGAGGCAGUGAAGGUCGUCCCGCCAGAGGAGAGCGGGGAAGUAUCGGCGGGCGUUAUGUGGGAUGGCUCGGACAUCUGGAUGCUCCCUGAGAAGACGCCCACACCCGAUGCCAAGGGCAAGAGAAAGGAGAAGCAAAGCAGUGCAGAGGGACUUAGGGCUGUCGCGACGCGGGCUGAGGCGCUACUCAAGCAGCUCAAACACGAUCCCGCAGUCCUGAGCGUGAACCCCGAAGCUGACGAGCGUGCGAAGCAGAUGUGGGACGAGUGGCUGAGGACUGAGGUCGACAACGAAGAAGCGGGUCUGGAACGCGAGCAAUGGAAGAAGGCCAAGGAGGAUGCGCUCGGCGACCCUGCUGAUGGGGAGGCCCUUCGGAGCACUAAGGACACCCUUGUGCCCUCCGUCCUAUCUGAAGAAAUCUUCUGGAAGCGCUACUUCUUCCGGGUACAUCAGCUGUCCCGGGAAGAGCAAAGGAGGAAGGCUUUCUUGCAAGGCACAAAUGAGAAUGAGGAAGACAUUGAGUGGGAGAGUGAUGACGAGGACACCACUCCCGCAGAGCCAUCGGCCAACGAAAGUACAAAGCCUGCGGAGCCGAAGAACGAGGAUAAGCCAGUGCAGGCUGUGAAAGCUUCUUCGACCUCGACACCAGCAACAACAAGUCCCAGGCGCUCAGAAAGCGAGGAUGGUAGCUAUGAUGUCGUGUCGUCUCAGGUCAGCAACAACGGCGAAGCAAAGGAAGAAGAACCAAUCAAGGAGGCCGCGAAGGAGAAGAAGAAGAAAGAUGACGAUGAUGAGGACAGCGACUGGGAGUGAUUGCGUGCUCGCUUUGGUCUGCGUCUCCCCUGGCUCUGGAUGUGCCCUCGUAGUCUGUACCCGACAUGUAUCUCUGUGUCCAUUCUAUGUUUGUUCUAUAAAAUUAAUAUGGGGCUGUGUACUAUGCCGAGUUUCCAGGCUCU